AGUUGCAGGUGGCGGAGGCCGCCGCGCUGGUGCACGCGCUGCAUGGCUGGUCGGUGGUGCAGACUCUGGUGGUGCCCACCAAAGUCCCCGACAGCAGGCUCGUCUUCGGCAAGGGCAACUUCCAAGACCUGACAGAGAAGAUCAGGGGGUGUCCAGACAUCACUUCUGUCUUCCUGAACGUGGAGAGGAUGGCUGCACCAACCAAGAAGGAACUCGAGGCUGCCUGGGGCGUGGAGGUGUUUGACAGAUUCACCAUCGUCCUGCACAUCUUCCGCUGUAACGCCCGCACCAAGGAGGCUAGACUGCAGUUGGCACUGGCUGAAAUUCCCCUUCUCAGGUCUACUUUGAGCAGACAUUCUGCCUGGCUGGACCAUGAGAGAAGGGGCCCCCGGUAUAUCAUGGGGUCAGGGGAGUCAUUCACAAAGCUGCGGCACCGGGUGCUGAAGGAGAAGGAAGCAAAGAUCAGGCGCGCCCUGGAGCGUUUGCGGGACAAGCGGAGCCUGCUGCGGAGGCAGCGCACACAGCGCGAGUUCCCCAUAGUAUCUGUGGUCGGCUACACCAACUGUGGGAAAACCACUCUCAUCAAGGCCCUGACAGGCGAGGCCGCCAUGCAGCCACGCGACCAGCUGUUCGCAACCCUGGACGUCACAGCGCAUGCGGGGUCACUGCCGUCGCGCAUACCUGUCCUGUACAUGGACACCAUUGGCUUCCUGUCUCAGCUGCCACACAGCCUGAUACAGUCCUUCUCCGCCACGCUGGAGGACGUGGCGCAUUCGGAUGUCAUCAUGCACGUGAGGGAUGUGAGUCACCCCAGCACAGAGCAGCAGAAGGCCAGCGUCCUGUCUACACUGCAGGGUCUGCAGCUGCCCUCCGCUCUCCUGGAUUCCAUGUUGGAAGUUCACAACAAGGUGGACCUGGUUCCUGGGUAUAGCCCCCCGGGCCCAGGUGUCCUGGCUGUAUCAGCCCUCCUGGGGCAUGGGCUGGACGAGCUUAAGGCAGCACUGGAGGAGUCCGUGCUGCGGGCCACAGGCAGGCAGGUCCUCACCCUCUGCGUGCGACUUGGGGGACCCCAGCUCAGCUGGCUAUACAAGGAGGCCACUGUGCAGCAGGUGCAGGAGCUGCCAGAAACCGGUGCUGCCCACGUGACUGUCAUCAUCAGCCGAGCCGCCUAUGGCAGGUUCCGGAAGCUGUUCCCUGGGUGACAACCGAUAGUCCCUCCCAGAUUGACUGACAGCUCAUUAAACAGGAUUUGUACUCGC